CCUGAGCAGUGAGAGAGAGGGAAAGGAAGGGAGGGGUCACGUGCGGCCAGCGGCUCCAGGUCACGUGACUGGUGCUGGGGCGGAGGGAAUCUGGACUGGGAGUUCUCCUGAGGGAAGCAGAGUGAAGUGAGGGGGAAGCGGCGGCGGCUCUGACAAUGAGUUUUCUUGGAGGCUUUUUUGGACCCAUUUGUGAGAUCGACGUUGUCCUUAAUGAUGGGGAAACCAGGAAAAUGGCCGAGAUGAAAACUGAAGAUGGCAAAGUAGAAAAACACUAUCUUUUCUAUGAUGGAGAGUCUGUUUCAGGAAAGGUAAACCUAGCCUUUAAGCAACCUGGAAAGAGGCUAGAGCACCAAGGAAUUAGAAUUGAAUUUGUAGGUCAAAUUGAACUUUUCAAUGACAAGAGUAAUACUCAUGAAUUUGUAAACCUAGUGAAAGAACUAGCCUUGCCUGGAGAAUUGACUCAGAGCAGAAGUUAUGAUUUUGAAUUUAUGCAAGUUGAAAAGCCAUAUGAAUCUUACAUCGGUGCCAAUGUCCGCUUGAGGUAUUUUCUUAAAGUGACAAUAGUAAGAAGACUCACAGACUUGGUAAAAGAAUAUGACCUUAUUGUUCACCAGCUUGCCACAUACCCUGAUGUUAACAACUCUAUUAAGAUGGAAGUGGGCAUUGAAGAUUGUCUACACAUAGAAUUUGAAUAUAAUAAAUCAAAGUAUCAUUUAAAGGAUGUGAUUGUUGGGAAAAUUUACUUUUUAUUAGUAAGAAUAAAAAUCCAACAUAUGGAGUUGCAACUGAUCAAAAAAGAGAUCACAGGAAUUGGACCCAGUACCACCACAGAAACAGAAACAAUUGCUAAAUAUGAAAUAAUGGAUGGUGCACCAGUAAAAGGUGAAUCAAUUCCAAUAAGAUUAUUUUUAGCGGGAUAUGACCCAACUCCGACAAUGAGAGAUGUGAACAAAAAAUUUUCAGUAAGGUACUUUUUGAAUCUGGUCCUUGUUGAUGAGGAAGACAGAAGGUACUUCAAGCAGCAGGAGAUCAUUUUAUGGAGAAAAGCUCCUGAAAAAUUGAGGAAACAAAGAACAAACUUUCACCAGCGAUUUGAAUCACCAGACUCCCAGGCAUCUGCUGAACAGCCUGAAAUGUGAACUGAAUAGGAGAAAGAAAGAAAAACAAAAACUCCUAUAUCCAUUGAGAUUAAGUUCAGCAGGUUAAAGAUGGUUGCAGCUUGUAGGGGAAAGGCCAAAACUCCAUUUAUAAUAGUCUUCCUCUAUCUUACAGUGCUGCAUUUAUUUUAUGAUACAACUAAAUGUUCUUCAUGUACAUACAUUUAAAAAAGCGCUUUCUUUGAAACACUGGAACUUUCUUAAGCUGCCAUUAUUUUCUUCUUUUUUUUUUUUUUUUACUGCACACUUUGAUUUCAUGAUAAGCACUCAGAUAUGCAUCAACAUAAACAUUAAAGAUUUUCAUAUGAGUAGGCUGGUAUUUGUAAUUUUGCUUUCUUCAUAAUGUUGAUUAUAAAAAUGUUUCUCCUUUUUCAUGCUAAUAAUUACCUCUUAUUCUCUACAUGCAAAAAAUUAAAUAUUUUGUGUUCAAAUAAAAAUAGAAAACUUGAGUGGACCUUA